GGGGGGGCUACAUUUGAGUGACAUUUGCUUCAUGCAAUCCAUAAACUGGAUAUUACGACAUCAGUUUACAUCCGCCAAUAACAUUCAUUGGAUAUUUGGCAGCGAUGUUUUCAUUGGUCACGACGUUACUUUCCGUUUCAAACAAAACCCGCCGGUUCCUGUUUAUUCUAGCGCCAGUAAAAAUAAAAAAAAGAAGCUAAUAAUAACUGUAAUAAAAGCUUCAACGUGACAACAUCAACUAGUUUCGCUCUAGAUAGUCAGUCAGAGAAUGCUUCAGACAUUUUGUGCACUCAAAGUUAGUGCCGUUUGCAGAUAGUUGAUUAGGGCUACUCUUGAAAAGAAUUUGUUAGCUACCAUCGUUUUUCUUCCUUCGAUUUGGACAGCAGUUGACUAGCCAGCUAUGCCAAAGCAAGGGCUUGCUAGACACAAGGUGAUAUCCUCUGGAAGACUGACUGGAGGUGGGAGGGGCCAGGGCUCAAAGAAGAGGGGAGCAGGGCGUCCACUAGUAACUUCUACUGAGCCGGCUUAUUCCCUCUACUCCACAGACUCAGAGGACCAGGUGACAACCAUUCACAAGGGUCUGGAUCAGUGUGCUGCGCUGCUCAAUGUCAUUCUCCAGGCAGAGACGACAGAGGCCAAGCCAAUCUCCCUCAGGGGAGCAGGGAAGACUCGAGCCGCCAAAUCCCGACCGCUGUGCACUCUGGGAAAGGAGAGGGUAGACACAGAGAGGAGGAAGCAGACAAAGAGACCUGUCACUCAGACUGCUAAAAAAACAGCUCCCGUGCAGAAGACGAUCCUGUCAUCCCUGUCGUAUCCUGGGAUGAGGAACAAUAUUCAGAGUUUGGCCGGAACGUCAGAGCCGGCGUCAGAUGCUCGGUUUAACUGUCGCCUGACCACCUCCACCCCCACCCUGAGUCCCCAAAGACUCCCCCCUAACAACACACUCCCCCCAGGCCGCUCAGUCCCUCUAGCCCAGCCUGGAGGCUCCAUCAUUGGGGUGGCAUCAGUCCACCUGGGGGGCUCUACCUCCACAGCUCCGUUAGCUUCUCCUGGAGCUGUAGCUACCUCUCUACCCACAGCCCCUCUCACAGGCCCAGUGCUCUCUCUCCUCGCAGCCCAGCCAGGAGGCUUCGUCUCUGGGGUUGGAGGUCCGGCUGUCCAGGGGAGCUCCAGGUCCUGUAGCCUGCACCUCGGUGCUCCCUCUGUGGAGAGGCGAGCCCUGUCUGCCCCCCUGCCCUCUGACAGCUAUGUGUCUGGAGAAAGUGGACAUCCAAUCUCUUCUUACUGCUCUCCCUCUCGUCAGGGACCACCAGUACUCUUCUCUGGAAUUCACCCACAACCUCACCCCCUUGCCAACACUCAACCCCAGUCUGCCCCAGAUGCUCCAUCCCUGGGCAGGGGGGGGCAGCUGGUUUCUACCCAGGAUGGAGGGACCUUAGCCAGGGAGGCUUGCGGCCACAUGGAGGGUAACGCUGGAGAGGAGGAAGAGGAAUGUCCAGUGAGAGACACCAGCGCCCAGACCUGCUUUAACAUACAAACACACACCCAGCUGGCAUACACACACCCACACACACAGAAAGAUCCAUUGCCUGUACAGGCAUACUUACAACACACACAUCCAGAUGUGGCUCCCAACCACACACACUCCUACACACGCAUGCCGCUGUCGCUGGGCUCAAAGGGCUGUAGUCCAGAGGGAACCGCUCGUCAGGUGAUGACUGUUCAGUACCUCCUUGGAGAGUUGAAGGCUCUGCUCGCUAGCCAAGACAGUGUAGCAGAGCGUCUGGUGUGUGAGCUGGAGCAGACAGUGUCUCUACUUCCUGUCAUGGUGGGCAGCUCUAACAUCCAGCCUGAGAUUUCUCUGGCCCUGCAACCUCUACGCAGUGAGAACGCACUGCUACGCAGGUCAGCACCAUCACUCAGGCGUCUGAGGAUAGUGAACCAACAGUUGCAGGAGAGAGAGCGAGCAGAGAGGGAGGCCAGAGAUGUCCACUGUGACACUGACGUGUCGGCUCUGCAGUCGGAGCUCAACGAUGCUCACACAAGCCUGCAAGAGCUGCAGCACGGUAACGCUGAGCUACGGCAAGCCCUGGUGGACACACAGAGUCAGCUGCAGCAGAGUGAGGCGGAGUGCAGUCGUAUCAGUAAAGAAGUGCAGUCUGCUCUGGAUGAGAUGCAGGGCUGUAACCGCAGGCUGCAGGAGUGUCAGAAGGAGAAUGCUGCACUGGCCCUCAACACCCAGAAGAGGGAGACAGAGAUCCACACACUACAGGAGCACCUCAGAGCUCUACAGGUCCCUGUCGCUGAGUCUCCUGCUGUGACUGACAUCCCUACGUCCCGCCUCCCUCUCACUAAACGAGCUCUGGACCAAUACCAGAACCAGCAGGGUCCGUCAGACCACCCAGUCAGCCAAUACCUGUGGUCGUUGGAGCAAAAGGGGUGUGGUUCUGUCUCCCUGCCCUGUAAAGGCCCUGAGUGCAACUACACACACCAGCAGGACUUCAGUGUGUGUACACCAGGUGGUCAGAGUGUGUGUGCGUCUGCGGAUCAGGAAGUGAGUCUGUGUGUGGCUCUGGAAAGAAAAGCCACCCCACCUUUGGCCUUCGCCCCACUGAGAGAGACUGUGAGUUCACCACUUCCUGUUGAGGGGUCACCGCUUCCUGUUAUGUCACAGAGAGGAGGGGGGUCACCGCUUACUGUGAUGAUGUCACAGAGAGGAGGAGGACCACAGGGUCUUCAGAGCCUUAGUGUUGCCCUCGAGAGUUUCCCUCAAUUAAAAAGCCUAUUUUCUAAUCUCCACCAAUCAAACGGACUCUGCUCUAAUGGCGCUGGACACUCUGACCUGUCCCAGAGUCACCGUCGCCGUCUGGACAUGGAUAUGGCAUCACCGGGCAAGGGGCGGAACUCUUCGCUUGACUCCACCGGCCUCUCCUUAUGUGAGGUCAGAUCCUUGGCUUCUGAUUGGAGUGCAGGGUCAAGCUCAACCUUUGACACGCGUGACGAACAGGAGUUCCGGAACGGGCUGGCCGCUCUGGACGCCAGCAUUGCCAGCUUGCAGAGAACUAUAAAGCAAGACCUCAAGCGAUGAGACAGAGAGACACACACACACACACACACACACACACACACACAGCGAGGUAGUCUGAAUCUAUUCCAAUGUAAUAAAAUAACCAAUGUAUUUUUUUUAGGUUUCUUUUUAAUUGUACUUUAUUUGAAUAAAAUGGCAAAUUAAAUAUUUAUUCUUUAUUCGUUACUAUUUCUUCUUUACUUUAAAGACGGGUUAAAACGAAGCACACGCUUCAAUGGGGGAGAAGGCCAUAUGUUGUGAUUCUGGAUGGCCAGAUUGCUAGCAACAAUGACAAGAAACUGCCAUGUGGGGAAUCGUUACCGGCUCAUUUCAGCUAGUUGUAUUUGUUUUUAUAUCAUGUCUUGUUUUGACUGAUGUCACGUCAAUGCUAGUAUGGCUAAAAUCCCCUAGCUAGCUAACCAACAACUGUAAUGGUGUAUUUGAGAGACAAGUGCUCAUUGUACAACUUCAUUUAUGUUUUCAAUAAACAUUGGAGAUGAAAUAUA